GUCUUGAUUUAAGUUAAUUUUUUUUUAUAGCGCAUAAAUACAUAUUUUUGGUGGGGACACCCACAAUUCCUAAAAAAACUGUGAAAAAAAAAAUAUAUUUAUCAUCCGUAAUUUAAAAUCUUAAAUUUUGUCGCGGUACUGCGCAUGUAUUUCUCAAAUAUCAUCCCAUAGGUAGAGGAAAAAGCGCGCAUGCGGAUAAAAUUGACUUGUCUAAAGUAAGGCUCGCCAGAUUUAAGAACAUUUGUUGGAUUUGUUGCAAGACUAUUCAAUCCAAGGAUUGUGUUUCCUGUGAGUGUUAUUUUCACAUCAAAAAAUUAUCUUCGAAGUUUUUUGUGAGUUUAAUUAAAAUUUACAUAGAUUUCUUUUAUUUAUAAAUAAAUUAUAAAUAAUAUUGAAAUCUUGUGGUAUAACUAAUAAUUAUAAAAAGUAUUGUUAAUCUUCAUCAGAUAAUUAAAAGAAAUGGGUGGCUUAGUACAACGACAAUGGUCUCCAACAAAAAGACGAGGGCCGAUCAGUGCUGAAUUUCGAAGUCCCGGACCGGCAUGUGUUUCUCUUCCCACACUCAUAGGUAAAACUGUCCCCGAUUCGAAACGAGGUCGAGCUCCAGCGUUUUCAUUUGGUAGCCGACAUUCACUAAAAAAUGAAAGUCCAGGCCCCGGACCAGGACAAUAUAAUGUAUCUGGCUUGAGCGCAAAAGGAAAAAAUACUGCUCCAGCAUUGUCGCUACAUGGCCGUAAUAAAGUAGACAAAAUAGAAUCCACCCCAGCUCCAGGAGACUACGACCCUCAAAAAGCAGAAAGUAUAAUCCUAGAUAGUUCUCCAAAAUAUUCUUUUGGAGUAAAAGUACAAGUUGAUAAAGUUAACUCGACGCCUGCACCUGGAACAUACUACCCCGAAAAAGUAAAUUUCGAUAAAGCACCUGAAUAUAGUUUCGGCUCAAAAACAUCUAUUGAAAGUCGAAAUGAUACACCAGCACCUGGAACAUACUACCCCGAAAAAGUAAAUUUCGAUAAAGCACCUGAAUAUAGUUUCGGCUCAAAAACAUCCAUUGAAAGUCGAAAUGAUACACCAGCACCUGGGACGUAUUACCCUGAAAACGUGAAUUUAAGUAAAACAUCAGAAUUUAGCUUUGGCACUAAAACAAUUGUUAGAAAUCGAAAUGAUACACCGGCGCCUGGAACGUAUUAUCCUGAGAAUGUUAAUUUAGAUAAAACACCAGCGUAUACUUUUGGGUCAAAAACACCCAUUGAAAAUCGUAAUGAUACACCAGCUCCAGGAUUUUACUCUCCAGAAAAAGUAAAUUUAGAUAAAUCAUCAGAAUUCAGUUUUGGAUUAAAAACACAUAUUGUAAAUCGAAAUGAUACACCAGCACCUGGGACGUACUACCCUGAAAAAGUAAAUUUAGAUAAAACACCAGCGUAUACUUUUGGGUCAAAAACACCCAUUGAAAAUCAUAACGACACACCAGCACCUGGAACAUAUUAUCCGGAAAACGUUAAUUUAGAUAAAUCCUCAGAAUUUAGCUUUGGUUUAAGAACAGCUAUUAAAAAUCAAAAUGAUACACCGGCACCUGGGACGUACUUUCCUGAGAAAGUAAUUCUAGACAGCACACCGGCAUAUUCAUUCGGCGCAAAAACUUCUAUUGAAAAGUGUAACGAUACUCCGGCACCUGGAGCGUACUUUCCUGAGAAAGUAAAUCUAGAUAAAACACCAGCGUAUGCAUUUGGCGUUAAAACAUUUAUUGAAAAUCGUAACGAUACGCCAGCACCUGGGACAUAUUACCCGGAAAAUGUGAAUUUAGAUAAAUCAUCAGAAUUUAGUUUUGGUUUAAGGACAACAAUUAAAAAUCAAAAUGAUACACCGGCACCAGGUGCGUACUUUCCUGAGAAAGUAAAUCUAGAUAAAACACCAGCGUAUACAUUUGGCGCUAAAACAUUUAUUGAAAAUCGUAAUGAUACACCAGCACCUGGAACAUAUUACCCAGAAAAAGUAAAUUUAGAUAAAACAUCUGAAUUCAGUUUUGGCUUAAAAACAAUUGUUAGGAAUCAUAACGACACACCGGCACCUGGAACAUACUCUCCUGAGAAAGUGAAUUUAGAUAAAACACCAGCGUAUACUUUUGGCUCAAAAACACCCAUUGAAAAUCAUAAUGAUACACCAGCUCCUGGAUUUUACUCCCCGGAAAACGUGAAUUUGGAAAAGUCACUAAAAUUUAGCUUCGGCUUAAAAUUAUCACCCGAAAAUGGAAAUAAUUUUCCAGCUCCGAAUGUUUACACCAUACCUUCAGCAUUCGGCGCUACUAAAGAAGGCAAUAAAAAAACUGCACCAGCAUACUCGAUUGCUAGCCGGCAAAAGACAUUCACCGAUGACCGUAUUUUAGUCCCUGGGCCUGGAACUUAUGAAUCUAUUGAUACCGAUAUUGUGAGAAAUAAAAGUGCAGCUUAUAGUAUAAGCAGCCGAUAUUCGCUACCUACCGAUCAGAUGAAAGUUCCAGCUCCUGGAGUUUAUUGUCCUGAAAAAGUUCUAUUGAAUUUGCCACCGGCUCAUACUUUCGGUAUAAAACAUUCUCCGUAUAUUUGUAAUCUCAAAGAUGCAGUUUAUUGAGAGAUUCUUCCUUUGAAUAUUUUUAACUGUUAAUGUUAAGUACACUGAG